GCGAGGCUAGACCUCCUCCCACCCGCCCCGAACCGCCCCAGGAGUCGGAAGGUGGGGUCUCGGCCCACCGUCUCCCUGCACCCGGCCCGCCCCGCCCUCCCGGGGCCGUGCCGAUCCGCAGGUCCGGGGAGCCAAGCAGCCACUUCCAGGCCCGUGCACGCCACAAGGACGCACCAGGCCGUGAUCCUGACUCAUGGUGCCCAGUGGGAAGACCACUCCACUGCCGAGGCACAGACGAGGUCAGAGCCCCAGCCCGACCGCUUCUCCAGUCUGCUGGCCUCUUCCGAGAUGGACCUGCCUGCCAGGAAGCCGGGUCACUCUGAGUCCAGGGCGUGCCUGCUCCCUGGGGGACACAGGGCCCCUGUGCAGCAUCCUGGUGGGACGCUUUGGCUGCCGAGUGACCAUGAUGUUGGGGGGCGUGCUGGCCAGCCUGGGCAUGGUGGCCAGCUCCUUCUCCCGCACCCUCAGCCAGCUCUACGUCACGGCAGGCUUCAUCACAGGCCUGGGCAUGAGCUUCAGCUUCCAGUCGGGCAUCACAGUGCUGGGCUUUUACUUUGUCCGCCGGCGGGCUCUGGCCAAUGCACUGGCCUCAGUGGGGUCCUCCCUGGGCAUCACCCUCUGGCCGCUGUUGUCCCGCUACCUCCUGGAGGACCUGGGCUGGAGGGGCGCCUUCCUCAUCUUCGGCGGGGUCUUUCUGCACUGCUGCGUCUGCGGGGCCCUCCUGAGGCCCGUGGCCACCAACGCGGCCCCUGAGACCACGGAAAGUCCCCCUCCACCUUCAAAGACGCCUGUGCACAGCUGCCUGGCAGCCUGCGGCCAGGCCAUCCAGCACCACCUGGCCUUCGACAUCCUGCGGCACAACCGGGGCUACUGCGUGUACACCCUGGGCGUGAUGUGGAUGAUCAUGGGUUUCCCGCUGCCUCACGUCUUCCUGGUCCCAUUCGCCGUGAGGCACGGGGUGGACGAGCACCGGUCGGCCCUACUCAUGUCCAUCAUCGGCUUGAGCAACAUCUUCCUGCGGCCCGUGGCUGGGCUGUUGAUGGGCCGGCGGGCCUUUGCCGGCUACCGCAAGCACCUGUUCUGCCUAGCAGUCCUGCUCAACGGGCUCACCAACCUGGUGUGCACAGUGUCAGCUGACUUCCGGGUGCUGGUGGGCUACUGCCUGUUGUACAGCGUGUCCAUGAGUGGCGUCGGCGUCCUCAUCUUCCAGGUCCUCAUGGACAUUGUCUCCAUGGACCGGUUCCCCAGCGCCCUGGGCCUCUUCACCAUCCUCAGUGGCGUCGCAGCCCUCAUCUCUCCGCCACUGGCAGGCCUCCUCCUGGACGCCAGCAACAACUUCAGCUACGUUUUCUACCUGUCCAGCUUCUUCCUCAUCUCAGCCGCCCUCUUCAUGGGGGGCAGCUUCUACGUCCUACGGAAGACAGAGCAAGGCAGGCAAGCCAAGGUGGAAGGAGCCAUCCGGGAGGCUGCCCUGCCGCAGGCUCUAAGCCCCAAAGGCAAGGAGACCUCAGAGAAGCAGCCGUGUCUGGAGAUCACAUACGUGACCAGUGUCUGAGCCUCACAGGUCACGCGUGUGACCAGCUUCUGAGCCCUGAGAUCAGUGUGUGGCCACUGUCUCAGCAGAGACUUGCGACCUCUGGCGGCUUUGCCAGGGGUGAAGGGCAGCCUGGGAAGCCUGGACCCAAGGCUGUCCAGACUCUGCAGGGCGGGACUCAGCCAGGGGCCAGGGCCCAGCAGUAUGGUCUCUGAAGACAGACCCAGGGUCCUCCCCUGCAGCCGGAUCGAGGAGGUGGCUCUCCUGACUUUUCCAAGGGGACCAGGGGACCUAGGACCCAGGAAGCUGGGGCCAAGCCCUGCUCAGGACUGUCCCAGCCGUUCAGUUCAGCUGGCUGCCUUGCUGCUCCUACAACUCAACGCACUGGACUUUCACCUCCAACCGGGAUACCACGGACAUCAUCCCUCUUUGUGCUUCUUGGGCUUCUGGACAAUUCGGAAGAGUUUACCUUGCUUCCGGGGCCCGCCCUACCCCCUCUUCCCAAGGGACCCAGCCAGUCAGUCCCUUAGGAAAGCCAACACUGAGGGUGGGGCUGCCCCAGCCAGGGUUGCUGGAGCCUGUGAGAGGUGCUGAGGAGGCGGCCCCAGGUGCAGGAUGGGGACAGUUGACAGGUCCAGUGAGUGCCCUUCCUGGCACCUGUGCAGAGAGCAGGAGGGGAGCCCCUGGCUGGGGUCCCAGGAGUCUGAGGGGCUCCCCGACAGUCUCAGCAGGACCUGACUCAGGGCCUUCCUCCCACCUUUGCCUGCACCCGCCCCCCACUCUCAGUGGGGAAGAAGAAUGCUGGGGUGGAGAAGCCGGACACUGUCCAGGGGAGGGGAAGGCUUGCUGGGCAGCUUGAGGACCACUGUGAAAACAGGGCUGCUUCUCCAACAGACUCCCGCCCCCUCCGCCCCUCCACCCCUGCUGUGUCAGAGGUGUGAACCCAGGCAGAGUAGCUGGCUGGGCCAGCUGUCUGGCCACCCUUGCUCCCUGCACUGUGUCCUGGAGGGCAGAGCCCGCCCCGCCACAAACACAUUGCUGGUGCCCUUCCCUGAGGUCGCCACCCACCUGAGCGCUGGCUGCCGUCAGCCCAGGCUUGUCCCAGCUGGGAGCCGAGGGGAUGGGAAAACACAGUGUGUUUGAACUGCACACAAAAACAUUCCCUGCAGCCAGUCAUAAACUCUGAGCUAAUAAAGCUGGAAAGCAGGCCUGGAGUGAGAGCCCCCUCCUCUUUCUCCCAACCUGGCAGGGGCUGCUCGGGCUCAGGCCCUUGUUUGUUGAUUCAGGCUCAGCCAGGCUCCAGCAAGAAAAUGUUAUCAGGAGGAUUGAUUUUAUGUUCAUGACCCAGCCUCAGCCUGCCUCCAUCACGUGUGCUGUAGCGUGAAUAAGCAUCCUUGGGGGUGGUCCGCAAGCUCCAGGACUCUGCCAUGAGUGCCCCCUAAUGGCCAAAAGGAGGCAGUGCAGAGGCAAAGCCAAAGACAGCUGGGAUAGAGGUGGGAUGUCACUUCUGUGCCAUGAUACGCUGUGUGACUUCAGGCAAACGGUCACCAUCUCUGGGCCUUGGAAAGGGAAGGGGUUAGCCUGGAGUUAAGCCUCUUCCAGUCUGGAAAGUCUGAAUUUGAGUGUAUUGAAGCCACACCUUCGGGCUCCCUGUUCAUUCCUGUGCUUGGCCACAGGCAUAGCUUGUGCUCUCGACAAGACUGGACACAUCUCCCCAGGGUCUGUCCACCUGGAUUGGUGGGAAGGGAGCGAGCAGGGGCUGCAGGCAGGUGCAUUUGGUGCUGGUAUGCACCAGGCUUUGAUAAGGUGGGCAGCCCUGUGCCCACUUCCACAAAACAUGGAAGUGAGCACUCAGCACAGAAAGUGAGACCCUCGCCUGCCCCCAGGAAUAACGAUAACCCCUGGGCAGAAUCCCUCCCACACACACUUAUGAAGCACCACCAUGCGCCAGGCACUGGGCAGAGAGGGGGAGCAAGUUCUGCACAAAACCAAGGAUUGGGAAUUCUCCAAGCAGGGCCCCUGAGGCCUUAGGAAGGGAGAAGACCAGACACUGGGGGAGGCUGGGGUUGCCCAUCAGACACCAAAACCUGCAGGUGUUUUCCUGGGAAAGCAGUUCCCAGCCAGAGAAAGGAGGAGCUCACCUCCGUGUGCCCUCAAGCCCCAGGCUCCUGGUCCCCAGGCCUUUGCUGCUCCAUCCAGCAACAGGCGGGAAGUCCCCUGGCUAAGACGCACUUUCCCAGGCCAUCCAGGCUCCCCACAGAGCCAAAGGGCAAAGGGCAGCUAUGGUACCCAAGCACCAAGGCCAAGGUCAGAACUGCGCUGUGGCACAACUGGUUAAAGCCACGGCCUGUAGUGUCGGCAUCCCAUGUGGGUGCCGGUUCGUGUCCCAGCCCCUCCACUUUGAACCCAGCUCCCUGCUAGUGUGCCUGGGAAAGCAGCGGAAGAUGGCCCAAGUCCCUAGGCCCCUGCACCCACACGGGAGACCCGGAAGAAGCUCCUGGCUCCUGGCUUUGGAUCAGCACAGCUCCGGCCGUUGCGGCCAUUUGGGGAGUGAACCAGCAGAUGGAAGACCUUUCUCUUUCUGUCUCUACCUCUCUCUCUA